ACAAAAUAUGAAAGAUAGAAUAUCCUUGCUCUAUACGCCAUCGUCGUCGUCUUCAUCCUCUUCUCUUAGAUCAUCUCUCUGAAAAAAAAAAGAUUUUGCUUUGUCUUUUCCUUUCUUUUUUUCUUUAGCAAACCCUUUUGUUCUUCAGAGCUUGAAACUUGUCUCCUUUUAUUAGUACCAUGUCGUCUACUUCGUUCACCGAUCUCCUUGCUUCUUCCGGCGUUGACUUUUACGAAGAAGACGAAGACUUUCUUUGUGGGUUUUCCCCGGAGAGAACCGGGUCGGGUUUACCCAAGUUCAAGACGGCUCAGCCUCCUCCUCUUCCCAUUUCUCAAUCUUUCGCCUUCUCCGAUUUACUUGACUCUCCUCUUCUUCUCAGCUCCUCUCAUAGUUUAAUAUCUCCAACGACAGGAGCGUUUCCAUUUCAAGGCUUCAAUGGAACAAACAAUCACUCAGAUAUUCCCUGGCAGCUACAACCGCAAACGCAACCGUCAAACGCUUCUUCUGCUUUGCAAGAAACAUAUGCUGUUCAAGAUCUCCCCAAGAAGAAGGAUCCGGUUCCUCGUGAGUUUGCAGCACACAGUUUGGGAUCAGAUCGCCAGGUUAAGGUACCAUCGUACAUGGUGAGUAAGAACUCUAAUGAUGGUUAUGGUUGGAGAAAAUACGGACAGAAACAAGUGAAGAAGAGCAAAAACCCUAGGAGUUACUUCAAGUGCACGUAUCCCAAUUGUGUUUCCAAGAAGAUCGUUGAGACAGCUUCUGAUGGACAGAUCACUGAGAUCAUCUACAAAGGAGGUCAUAACCAUCCCAAGCCUGAGUUCACCAAGAGACCAUCAGGAUCAGCAUCGGCUAAUGCGAGAAGAAUGUUUAAUCCUUCUUCUGUUGUUAGUGACACACAUGAUCAGUCAGAGAACUCGUCCAUCUCAUUUGACUACAGUGAUCUGGAGCAGAAAAGCUUUAAAUCGGAAUAUGGUGAGAUAGAUGAAGAGGAGGAACAACCUGAGAUGAAGAGACUAAAAAGAGAAGGUGAAGAUGAAGGAAUGUCUAUAGAAGUAAGCAGAGGAGUGAAAGAACCAAAAGUUGUUGUCCAAACAAUAAGUGACAUUGAUGUUCUUGUAGAUGGCUUUAGAUGGAGGAAGUAUGGUCAAAAAGUUGUCAAGGGGAAUACUAAUCCAAGGAGCUACUACAAGUGCACAUUCCAAGGUUGUGGAGUGAGGAAGCAAAUAGAAAGAUCUGCAGAAGAUGAGAGGGCGGUUCUCACUACCUAUGAAGGAAGACACAAUCACGAUAUCCCAACCGCGCUACGCCGCUCAUGAAAAAAAAACAUUCUUGGGGACUUAGUCACUAGUUUUAUAUCAUUUUAGGAUUUGAAAAAAAAGAACUCUUACUAUGGUUGUCUACUUGUCUUUUGUGCUCACUACUGUUUGUUUAUUUGUUUGUAACACAGUCAGUACUUUGUGCUGUACAGAGUGGUGAUUAGUAGUUUUUUUUUUUAAUAUCUUCUUGGGCAUAGAGAACCUCAAUAUUCAUGUGUGUGACAAUACUUUAGAGUCCAUUUUAAUAUCUUGUGUUUGAGUACA